AUGCUAGCACGCACUCGCAAACCUCGCAUUAACGAAAAGGAUGAGAGCGCUCUCAGUCUCUCAGAGGACGACUUCCGUCGUCACUGGGUCUCUGCCGACGGACUAAGUCUACGCAAUGCUCAUCCGAAAGUCGCCUUCAAUCGAAAGAACAACGGCUUUGAUCAUCUCAAGCUCACAGAAAUGCCGUUGAUCAGCACUAAGGCUAUUGAUGCGCCAAACUUUGCCGACUUCAAUCCAGAGGAAGAGACGAAAUAUCUGAGCAUGGUUCGCGACAAGCUCAGCCUGACCAAAGAUUACAUCCUUAAGGAGCAGGAGCUAUCGCUCGAUCCUGAUCGUAUUGGUAUGCGGCACAAGACAACGCCAAAACUUCUCGCCGUACCACCCAUCAUGAUUGACAUACACGCACAACAGAUGGUUCGGCUCCUCAUUGAAUUAGAAGCAGAGCUUCGAAGAUUGAAUGCCGACACUCCGGAGGAUGAAUUCGAUGCCGUACUAGAUCAGCCAAUGAGAGACUAUCUGGAGCUCUGGGCCGGGUUGCAGGCAAGCCUUGUGUGGCAGCUUCCUGGUGAGGACGACGCAGAUAAGAUGAACAAGGCGGAUAGGAUCAUGGACGAGCGUGCUUCGUCUCGGGUCAAGGCGGACGACGAAAUAGCGGUUUGUGAGCGCGUAUUGUUCGACAAGCUCCUGGCACCGGACUAUCCAGGCAGAACUGGUGACCGUGAGUUGGGUGCCGAGCACAAGCGUCGCGCUGAAAGUAGGAGGCUGCGGUGGGAUUUGAAUAUCCCUGACGACGACGAAUUCGGUCUUGAUGAUGAGUGGUACGGAAGCCGACGUCCUUCAAUCGAGGCGAGUUCAGGAGUUUGGGAGGAUGGUUUGUUGGUGAUUCAAUGA